AUGAAAUCGGCCAGCACCGACGAAACAUAUCGAUCGAGAUUUUUGGACUUGUUUCAAGUCGUUGAAUUUCGACACGUGGUGUGCUCAUCCGCAACAGGAUUGGAAGGGAGGUGUUUAUAUGAAUAUGACUGUCAAUCAAUCGGUGGUACCCCUAUGGGCACUUGCGCUGAUGGCUACGGAAUAUGUUGCGUUGUUGUAUAUUCGUGUAACGGUCAAACUUCUGCGCCAUUCAGUUGGUUUACGAAUCCGGAAUAUCCUCUACCAAGCACGAACCGACUUGCAUGCGCUCUUACUGUGAACAAAACCUCCCAAGAUAUUAAACAAAUACGAUUGGACUUCGGCAACUUCGAGCUACUACCGCCGAUUGGAGGGACAUGCGAGCACGAUCAAUUUUUUGUUUCGGGGCAGAACAUCAACAAUGUUAUACCCAUCUUAUGUGGAAUCAAUACCGGCCAACACUUAUACAUCGAAGUAGGUGAUAUAGAAGAACCAAUACGUCUUACGAUUCAGACAAUCACAGCUGAAAAUCGACUGUUUUCAAUAAAGGUAACGCAACUAACAAGCUCAGAUAUUUCGGCCGCACCUACCGGAUGCCUGCAGUAUUUUAAUGGGCCACAUGGUUAUAUAGAAUCUUUCAAUUACAAAAACAUUACAGAAGCCACGAUGGCAAUACAUCCAAGUUAUCUGAACAAUCUAAAUUACGCUAUUUGUGUAGAACGGGAUAGUUUAUCUUGCAGCGUUACGUAUACAAAUGAGGAUGAGAUGCAAAUAGUGAACUAUGAUACUGAUGGUUUGCCAAUUAUUCCGCCACGUCAGGCUGGUGUAGAAAUAUUCAACUGUCCCAGUGACUGGCUGUUGAUAUCAGCAGUAAGGCUCUGUGGAGAGCGCCUAAACGAUGGUUCUGUCCUUCAAGAUUUUUAUUCAAAUGCUCCAGUUACUGAUAUUGGUGCAGGACCCAUAAUGAUUUGGUUCCGAUCAGAUGAGGGAUAUGUUGGACGCGGCUUCAGAAUAGAGUACCAACAAAAUCCCUGUAUACUA